AAGAAACUUGUUUCUACUGUUAUACAUAAAUGUGUCACUUGCAAAAGACUUAGAGGUAAACUAGAGGAACAGAAGAUGUCGGGGUUACCAGCAGACAGACUGUCAUCGUCGCCACCAUUCACUCAUGUUGGAGUGGACAUCUUUGGCCCAUGGAUCGUGACAGCUCGAAGAACAAGAGGAGGCCACGCUCAGAGCAAGCGGUGGGCAGCCAUGUUUACCUGCUUGAGCACCAGGGCUGUGCAUAUUGAGGUCCUGGAAACUAUGACUACAGCAAGUUUCAUUAAUAGUCUCAGGCGUUUCACAGCAAUCAGGGGACCCAUUAAGACGCUCCGAUCAGAUCGAGGAACAAAUUUCAUUGGGGCAUGUAAAGAACUUAACAUUGACACGCAGGAUCCUGAUCUGCAGAUACACCUCCAUAACAGCAAAUGCACCUGGAUCUUUAAUCCUCCUCACUCAUCCCAUAUGGGUGGAGCGUGGGAAAGGAUGAUAGGCAUCGCUCGGCGCAUCCUGGAUGCUCUUCUCCUCAAACCAAGCACCACCCACCUGACACAUGAGGUGCUCACUACCUUGAUGGCAGAAGUCACCGCCAUCAUGAACUCAAGACCAUUGGUUCCAGUAUCUUCUGACCCCGAAGCUCCUGCAGUUCUUACUCCAUCAAUGUUAUUAACACAAAAGGCAGAUAUUCUGCCUGCACCUGAAGGUGACUUUGAUGUAAACAACCUCUCUAUUAAGCACUGGAAAAGGGUUCAAAGCCUUGCCGAUACCUUCUGGAGGAGGUGGAGACAAGAAUAUCUGGCAACACUCCAACCCAGAAAAAAGUGGCGCACUGACAGACGUAACCUGCAAGUAGGAGACGUUGUUUUACUGAAAGAUUCACAGGCAACAAGGUCGGAGUGGCCUACUGGACUCAUUGUUAAGACUGUACCCAGCCAAGAUAAUAGAAUACGCAAGGUGGAAGUUAGGGUGGUUAAAAAAGGUACUCCUAAAGUGUAUUUGCGACCUAUCUCAGAGGUCAUCUUACUUUUUCCUAAAGACAAUUUGUAGUGGUAUAAAGCA